AUGCAGACACUCAAGAUCGCAGGCCCGCUCGGUCUUGGUAUUUGCGCGGUUUUGUACUUGCUUACGAACGUUGCCUAUUUCGCAGCUGCGACCAAAACCAAGAUCGAAAAAUCUGGUGUCACUGUCGCUGUGGUGUUUUUCGGGAACGUCUUUGGUUCUGUCGUGGAGUGUGCGCUUUCGGUUUUCAUUGCUCUCAGUGCUCUUGGAAAUGUUAUUACUGUGACUUUUGCUGCGUCGCGAGUAAACCAGGGAAGGAUACCCCUACCAUUCGGAAACAAAUUCUGGGCUUCAAACUGGCCCGCAGGGAAGUCACCACUCCCUGGGUUGAUCAUCCACUUGAUACCCUCUGGUCUAUUCUAUCUGAGAUGGAAAAAGCCAGAUAUUAUUCGGCCGUUCAAAGUAUGGUGGCCUCUCGCCGUAUUCUUCUUGGGUGCUGCCUCCUUCCCUCCCUUCCUGAAACCAACCAACGGCGUCGGCGACACCCCACCGCUACCAUAUUACCUGUACUGCCUCGUCGGCAUCGCCCUCAUGUUUGCAGGCAUGUUCUACUGGGUUGCAUGGCGAAUCUUGUUGCCCAAGGUAUUUGGGUAUGAGCUUGUACCGAGGAAGGAGAGGUUGGAUGAUGGGACUGUUGUCACUGUGGUUGCUCACGGAUCCUACUUCGCAGUUUUCAAACAAGAAGAUCCAGUGAAUCGAGCGUUGAUCGGAAGUGAUAAUAAGCUGGUCUUGAAAUAUAAAUGUGGGACUGUACAUGUAUCCGAGGUUGCCAUCAGGGAUGUGGAACCCUGA